AUGGCCGAACAUAUUGAUGCUAAUCGAAUUCAUUUGGAUCUUCGAUAUCGUUUUGAUUAUUUAUCGAAGUUUCUUAAUUUUACUUCGGACGACAUAGCUAUGCUAAACACAUUUGCGCCUCUUGUUUUUCCUCUUAUUCCAGUUUUGACCGACACAGUGUAUAGAAAAUUAUUUUCAUUUGAUAUAACAAAACAAUAUUUUCUUAAGCGUAAUGAAGGUUUCGAAGGAUUCCUACCGGAAAAGAACUGUGGAGUGACAUUAGACUCAGCACAAAUGGAACUUCGACGAGAUAUGUUAAGUAUGUAUUUAAAACGUAUAUUAACACAACGCGAUUGGAACGAUACAUUUCUUCAAUAUCUAUCGCAAAUUGGUAAAAUUCAUACAGAUCAAGCUGGUUCAGCAUCGAUUAAUGUUGAUUAUAUGCAUAUAAAUGCUCUUCUUGGAUAUUUAGAACAUUUACUUAUCGAUGUUUUAUGUACCACUGAUACAAUCGAUGAGAAAACAAAGCGUGGAAUUUUAAUGGCAGUGAAUAAACUUUUUUGGAUACAAAAUGAUUUUUUUACCAUGCAUUAUUUAAUAUCGGUAAAAAAUAGUACACUAUCGGGAAAAACAUCUGAAACUGAAAAAACAACCAAAUGUUGUUGGCUAUAG